AUGGCGAAUCCGCGUAUUGUGGUGGUGGGGGCUGGUAUGGCUGGAAUUGGGGUAGCUACAAAAUUAAGAGAAUUGGGGUUCAACGACGUCACACUUGUUGAGGCAGCAGGGGAGCCUGGGGGGAGAGUGGCCAAAUCAAGUUUAGGAAAGUCAUGGGUUGACACUGGGGCUCAGUACAUUCAUGGAGCUUCGAAGGCGAACCCUGUGUACUGCUUGUUAAAGAAGUCUGGCUUACUUGAUGGAAUCCCUAAGGAGGAGGGUACUGUUGUAACCUAUACAGGAACAGGCAACAAACUAGAUCCCAGAUUUGCUGAGCAUUUGUUUGAGGAAGGAGAGGCAAUGCUUAAAUAUCGUGGUAGUAAUUCAGAGAAAAGCUUGGGGGAGCAUUUAGCUGAGCAGGCUUUGGCGUUCAUUGAAAACUGGCAAGGUGACGAUGAGGAGAAAAGAAAAGUGCAACGUGUCCUUGUUUCAGUUGGAAAACAAACUCUAACUAGUAUUGGAGCAACAGACCUCAACAAGGUAUCUCUGAGCUCAUGGCAGUAUUACAAGAACAUGGGGGAGGACCUCGAUGUGGCAGGGAGCAUGUUUCAACUAGUGGACAUACUGCUGGAGGAUUUCCCCAAGGAUCAGUUACUGCUGAGCAAAGCAGUGUGUGAGAUUGAUUGGGAUGGAUCGUUCUCCUCUGAGAAUGGCAGGGAGUAUCCAGUUCGGAUCGGAACUGAGAACGGAGAGGACAUUCUUGCUGACCAUGUUGUGGUCACCAUCUCUUUAGGGUGCCUAAAAUCACAAGCCUCCACUCUCUUUAGACCUCAACUUCCAGAGGAAAAGUUGCAGGUGAUUGACAAGUUGGGCUUUGGCAACCUCGCCAAGAUCUUCCUGGAGUAUGAGGAGGCCUUCUGGGGUAGCGAUGUUGAGGAUAUAAGACUGAUCUCAGAGGAGUCCUUUCCCCAUUUACAUCACAAUCCUGAUCAGUGGUUGAAGAGCCUGGAAAUAUUUACUGUGUUAAAACCAAAGAAAAAGUUUGGUAAUGUUCUGAUUGGUUGGUGCUCGGGAACUGUAGCGGACUUGAUUGAAACCAUGUCAGAAGAAGAGCUGUCCAAAGCCAUAACAGAGCGACUGAGAACAUAUACAGGAAAUGCAAGUAUUCCUCCACCUAAGACAGUGCUGUACACCAGAUGGCACAACAACAAACUCACACAAGGGGCCUACGCUUUCCUUCCUGUUGGGGUCAGUGGGCUGGUAAUGGACAUUCUAGCACAGCCCCUAUCCAGCUCUAAGAAUUCCAGUCAGGAUCUUCAGGUGCUGUUUGCUGGGGAGGCAACAAUAAAGUCUCUGUAUGGCACAGUGCAUGGAGCUUUACUCUCUGGUUAUAGAGAAGCUGAAAGACUAGCACUACAUUACAACAGGACAGUAACUCCAGGCGUGCUCUGUGAUACGUAG